CAGGAGCAGUGACCACAGCCCCCCCCAGUGCAGGGGGGCGGGAUGAGGCUGAUUUAAAAGGCAGAUGGGCCUCUGGCCCAAGCGCAGCAUUGUACCCAGCUACCGCGGGCCCGAGGGCUGUCAGGGCACCCAGACUUCCGGGUCUGCUGGGGGGUGGGGUGGGCGGGUAACAUGUGAGCCCAGCUAGGCUCCCCUCCUGCCCGCCCUCCUUCUUCCCUUCCUCCUGUCUGCUGUGCCUGCCCAGCCUCUCCAAAGAGGGACAGUUGGCACCAUGUCUCUGCUCAACCCCGUCCUGCUGCCCCCCAAGGUGAAGGCCUAUCUGAGCCAAGGGGAGCGCUUCAUCAAAUGGGACGAUGAAACAACAAUAGCCUCCCCGGUUAUCCUCCGUGUGGACCCCAAGGGCUACUACUUAUACUGGACGUAUCAGAGUAAGGAGAUGGAGUUUCUGGAUAUCACCAGCAUCCGGGACACCCGCUUUGGGAAGUUUGCCAAGAUGCCCAAGAGCCAGAAGCUCCGAGAAGUCUUCAACAUGGACUUUCCCGACAACAGCUUCCUGCUGAAGACACUGACUGUGGUGUCCGGCCCAGACAUGGUGGACCUCACCUUCCAUAACUUCGUCUCCUACAAGGAGAAUGUGGGCAAGGCCUGGGCUGAAGAUGUCCUGGCUCUGGCCAAGCAUCCGCUCACAGCCAACGCCUGCCGUAGCACCUUCCUGGACAAGAUCCUGGUGAAGCUCAGGAUGCAGCUCAACCCUGAAGGGAAGAUUCCUGUGAAGAAUUUUUUCCAGAUGUUUCCUGCUGACCGCAAGCGGGUGGAAGCUGCCCUCAGCGCCUGCCACCUCCCCAAAGGCAAGAAUGAUGCCAUCAAUCCCGAGGACUUCCCAGAAUCCGUCUAUAGGAGUUUCCUCAUGAGCCUCUGUCCUCGGCCUGAAAUAGACGAGAUCUUCACUUCCUACCACUCCAAGGCCAAACCCUACAUGACCAAGGAGCACCUGACCAAAUUCAUCAACCAGAAACAGCGCGACUCCAGGCUGAACUCCCUGCUGUUUCCGCCAGCGCGGCCUGACCAGGUGCAGGGCCUCAUCGACAAGUACGAACCCAGCGGCAUCAACGUGCAGAGGGGCCAGCUGUCCCCCGAGGGCAUGGUGUGGUUUCUCUGUGGGCCAGAGAACAGCGUGCUGGUCCAGGACAAGCUGCUGCUGCAUCAGGACAUGACGCAGCCGCUCAACCAUUACUUCAUCAACUCGUCACACAACACCUACCUGACAGCUGGCCAGUUCUCAGGCCUUUCCUCGGCUGAGAUGUACCGCCAGGUGCUGCUGGCUGGCUGCCGUUGCGUGGAGCUGGACUGUUGGAAGGGAAAGCCCCCUGAUGAGGAGCCCAUUAUCACUCACGGCUUCACCAUGACCACAGACAUCUAUUUCAAGGAAGCAAUCGAAGCUAUUGCAGAGAGUGCCUUUAAGACCUCCCCUUAUCCGGUCAUCCUGUCAUUUGAAAACCACGUGGACUCACCCCGCCAACAGGCGAAGAUGGCCGAGUACUGCCGGACGCUAUUUGGGGAUAUGCUGCUCACAGAGCCCCUGGAAAAGUUCCCACUGAAACCAGGUAUCCCCCUGCCCAGCCCUGAGGAUCUCCGGGGUAAGAUCCUCAUCAAGAACAAGAAGAACCAGUUCUCUGGCCCCACGGACCCCAGCAAGGAGCCGGGUGGGGAGGCUGAGGGUGGCGGUCCACCCAGUGUCCCUGUGGGUGAGGACACGGUGCUGAUGGAGCCCUGUGUGGCAGCGUGGGCUGGUGAGGAAGGGGCUGAGCUGGAGGAGGAGGUGGACGAGGAAGAGGAGGAGGAGUCGGGAAACCUGGAUGAGGAAGGGAUAAAGAAGAUGCAGUCAGAUGAGGGCACAGCGGGCCUGGAAGUGACGGCUUACGAGGAGAUGUCCAGCCUUGUCAAUUACAUCCAGCCCACCAAGUUCAUCUCCUUUGAGUUCUCUGCCCAGAAGAACCGAAGUUAUGUCAUCUCCUCCUUCACAGAGCUCAAGGCCUACGACCUGCUCUCCAAGGCCUCAGUGCAGUUCGUGGACUACAACAAGCGCCAAAUGAGCCGCAUCUACCCCAAGGGCACCCGCAUGGACUCCUCCAACUACAUGCCCCAGAUGUUCUGGAAUGCUGGUUGCCAGAUGGUUGCCCUCAACUUCCAGACGAUGGACCUGCCCAUGCAGCAAAACAUGGCGCUCUUUGAGUUCAACGGGCAGAGCGGCUACCUCCUCAAGCAUGAAUUCAUGCGUCGGCUGGACAAGCAGUUCAACCCCUUCUCGGUGGACCGCAUCGAUGUGGUGGUGGCCACCACCCUUUCUAUUACGGUGAUAUCUGGGCAGUUCCUGUCAGAACGCAGUGUGCGCACCUAUGUGGAAGUGGAGCUGUUUGGCCUGCCUGGGGACCCCAAGAGGCGCUAUCGCACCAAGCUGUCACCCAGUACCAACUCCAUCAAUCCCGUCUGGAAGGAGGAGCCCUUUGUCUUUGAGAAGAUCUUGAUGCCCGAGCUGGCCUCCCUCAGGGUGGCUGUGAUGGAGGAAGGCAACAAGUUUCUUGGACAUCGCAUCAUUCCCGUCAAUGCCUUGAAUUCUGGAUACCACCACAUGUGCCUGCACAGCGAAAGCAACAUGCCCCUCACCAUGCCUGCGCUCUUUGUCUUCCUGGAGAUGAAGGACUAUGUACCUGACACCUGGGCAGAUCUCACGGUGGCCCUCGCCAAUCCCAUCAAGUUCUUCAAUGCCCACGAUAAGAAGGCUGUGAAACUCAAGGAAGCCAUGGGAGGUCUACCUGAGAAUCCCUUCCCUCUCGGGAGUCCAGUUGCCCGCCAGGUCAAUGGGACAUUGGCCCCAACUAGCAACGGGUCAGCAGCAGCUGGGGCCAAGGCCAGCGAAGAGGUCACCAAAGAAGCUGCGGAGCCGCGGACCGCCAGCCUGGAGGAGCUGCGGGAGCUGAAGGGCGUCGUGAAGCUGCAGCGGCGGCACGAGAAGGAGCUUCGGGAGCUGGAGCGGCGUGGCGCGCGGCGCUGGGAGGAGCUGCUGCAGCGGGGCGCGGCACAGCUGGCAGAGCUCGCGCCGUCAGGUGCGGGGGGCGGCGGCGGGUGCCGUGGCCGCAAAGUCGUUCCGGGCAAGGGCUCCCGCAAGAAAAGGACCCUGCCGGGCGAGGACACCGCCGGGUUGGCGCCGGCUGAGGGCCCGGAGGGCGCGGACGCGCGCCUGCGAGAGCUGAGGGAGAGGCUGGAGCAGGAGCUGCUACAGCAAGGCGAGGAGCAGUGCGAGUGCGUCCUGAAGCGCAAGGAGCAGCACGUGGCCGAGCAAAUGACCAAGAUGAUGGAGCUGGCCAGAGAGAAACAGGCUGCAGAGCUGAAGACCCUCAAGGAGACCCUGGAGACUGACACCAAAGAGAUGAAGAAAAAGCUGGAGGCCAAAAGGCUAGAGAGGAUCCAGGCCAUGAUCAAGGUCACUACAGACAAAAUGGCUCAGGAGAGGUUGAAAAGGGAGAUCAACAACUCCCACAUCCAGGAGGUGGUGCAGGUCAUCAAGCAGAUGACAGAGAAUCUGGAGAGGCACCAGGAGAAGCUAGAAGAGAAGCAGGCAGCCUGCCUGGAACAGAUCCGAGAUAUGGAAAAGCAGUUCCAGCAGGAGUUGCUGGCAGAGUACGAGGACAGGAUGAAGGGUCUGGAGGCGGAAGUGAAGGAGUCAGUGAGGUCCUGCCUCAGGGCCUGCUUCCCCUGGGAGGAGGACAAGCCUGAGAGGCCCUGUGGGGUUCCCACGGAGCUGUGUGAGCAGGACCCACUCACGGAGAAGGCAGACACCCAGGAGCACCACCUCUGAUACCCCCACCCCACUGGGACAUUGUGCAAGAACAUUCAUCUUUCUCUGGGAUGUGGCUCCAUCUCCCCUGGAGGAAAAGGCCCGGGCACACUGAGGCUGCAGGCAGCUGGGGCUCCCUUGGAUGCCAGAGCCCCUUCCUCACAGCCAGGCUAAGGAGGAGGAAGGAACCAGAUGUCAUCUGGGGCCCACUUGGGGCCUAGGGGUCCUCUCAAGUUGAGCUCCUGCUCUUCAUCUGAAUAAGCAUCAUAUUUGUUGAGGUCAAAAGAAUAUGGACUGGGAGUUCCCACUGUGACUCAGUGGUAAUGAGCCCAACUAGUAUCCAUGAAGAUGUGGGUUCGAUCCCUGGCCUCACUCAGUGGGUUAAAGAUACGGCAUUGCCGUGAGCUGUGGUGUAGCUCACAAACCCUGCUCAGAUCUGGCCUUCCUGUGGCUGUGGUGUAGGCUUACAGCUGCAGCACCAAUUCGACCCCUAGCCUGGGAACUUCCUUAUGCUGUGGGUGUAGCUCUAAAAA